AUGUUGCGACGGUGGCUUUGCCUUGUGGGACUUACCUUGUCGACACUUGACUCCGUAGCAAGUGCAUCAUCAAGUAGGAAAAGCCUUAUCAUCGACACAGAUCUGUUCAGUGACGUUGACGAUGCGGGCGCCUUACUCCUCGCCGCCACCUCGCCCAACGUGAGUCUUCUAGCAGUCAACCUCAACUACCCAUCCUCGUACUCGGCGGUGGCGGCAUCGGCCAUCCUGGCGCACUACGGGAAGGUCGAUGUGCCGAUCGGCAUCAAGCGCCCGCUUACGAACGAGAGUUUUUUCGACAGCUGGUCGUUUGAGUUAGGCGAGUAUGCGAGCAAGAUCGCGUAUCAUUAUGCUGGCGGCAGUCUGCUGUGGGGGCAGGCAGACAUGGCAUGGGAGCCGGUCGCGUUGUAUCGAAAGGUGUUAGCGGAGGCCGAGGAGAAGAGUGUGACAAUUGCUUCGGUUGGGUUUUUUGAGAAUCUCUCAGGCCUGCUCAACUCGACCGCAGACUCAUACUCAAACCUCACGGGCCCCCAACUCAUCGCAAGCAAAGUCUCGGAGCUCGUCAUCAUGGGCGGCGGGUACCCCUCAGGCCACGAGUUCAACUUCUGGGGCGACAAUUCCUCCCUCACCGCCCACGUGGUCAACAACUGGAAAGGCCGCGUCGUCUUCUCCGGAUCCGAGCUCGGCGGCAAUGUCUCCUCGGGUGGGCCGCUGAUGAACGAGGGUCCGGUCACGGAUCCAGUUAGGCAGGCGUACAUUUACUACACGUACGGCACGCCAAGAUUCAGCUGGGAUCCCCUAACGGUGCUCUAUGCUAUAGAAGGACUGGGGAAUUUGUUCGAGUUUGGGAAUGUGAACGGGGGGUAUAAUUAUGUCUAUCCUAACGGAUCGAACGUAUGGGUGAAUGAUGAGACGAGGACGGAGCAGUAUUGGUUGAAGCUCAAGACAGAUAAUGUGACGGCGGCGGCGGAGUUGGAUCGACUGUUCCUUGAGGGAGCCAGGUCGGUUGUAGAGGAGGAAAAUAUGCAGAUGGUAUGA